AUGAGCGACCUCACCAUCGAAGAAAAGGUAUAUCUCAUCGAGUGCUUUUAUGGAAGAGGAAAGAUUUACGCAAAUGCAUAUCGCGGAUUCUGUAUCAAGUGUGGAUCGAAAGGAGUUGCAAGUGAGAACACACUGAAAAGGAUUAUUGAUAAUUUUGUCACAUGUGGUACAUUACAUGACCGAAAGCACGAUUUACCUGGACCCCCGUGUGCCGUAACGACAGAAGAAACUAUUGAAGACAUCGCGAAAUAUUUCGAAACGAAUCCCAAUUCUUUCAUUCGGAAAGCUGCUCACGUUCUCGGGUUAAAAAGGGAAAAUUUAUGGAAAAUCGUAGAAAAUAUGAUAAAGCUACACCUAUACAAAUUAACAAUGUAUCAAUUGUUAAAUCCAACAGCUAUGGGAAAGCGAAUACAAUUUUGCAACACAAGCCCAUAUCAAACUACUGUGAAGACCGAUCUGACUGGCGAUUAUGACUGUCGACUCUUAUUAAAGGGCCUAUAA